CCUUCAGGAGAUGUAGAGCCUUAGCAUGCUGUGCGUUUCAUUCAUCGACUAAAUAGGCAAAGGCUCCCAAAGGUAACAUUGAACAAUUUCCCACCUGAGUGACGCCGGUUUUAUCUAAGAAUGCUCUGCGCUAUCUGUUCUGGGAAGCCGAGAAGUCGCUUUUUGGCCUCAAAGAAGAAGAAAGUGCAGGUUUAAGCUAACUCGUAAACGUUACUCCGCUAACGCCAAGUUGAAGCCACGCGCGGCUUGGCGAGCGUAAACAUUUUAAACUAGCGAAAGAGUUUCCAGAAUUGAAACCACAAGCUGUGUGUUUAGUUUGACGUGAAAAUGCAACGGAGGGUUUGUUGAGCAGCUAAUGUGGGCGGCGUUAGCUUUAGCAAAAACAGAGCAUUGCUUUGGGAGAGUCAGCUGACAGCCUUCUGCUGCCAACAGCCCCAGUGAUGGAUCAACUCAAAGUGAAGGACCGCAUAUUGGAAAACAUCUCGAUGUCUGUCAAGAAGUUACAGAGUUACUUUGCAGCCUGUGAGGAUGAAACUCCCGCUAUCCGCAAUCACGACCGGGUCCUCCAGCGUCUUUGUGAACACCUCGACCAUGCUCUGCUCUAUGGGCUGCAGGACAUAUCGUCAGGCUACUGGGUGCUGGUGGUUCACUUCACCAGGAGGGAGGCUGUCCGACAGAUAGACGAGCUGCAGCACAUAGCCACCAACCUCGGUCGAAGUCGAGCAUGGUUGUACCUGGCGUUGAGUGAGAGCUCUUUAGAAAGCUAUCUACGCCUCUUCCAAGAGAAUCAAGGAUUGUUACAAAAGUAUUACUUCAAAAAUGCAUUGGUCUGCAGUCACGACCACCUCACGCUGUUCCUUACACUGGUGUCCGGCCUGGAGUUCAUUCGCUUUGAUCUGGAGCUGGAUGUGCCCUACCUGGAUGUUGCUCCAUACAUGCCGGAGUACUACAAACCGCACAACCUGCUGGACUUUGAGGAAAGGCUCCCCAGCUCGGACAGCUUGUCUUUGCACUCGUUUACCUCCCUGACCUCCACCAACCUGGAGUGGGACGACAGCGCCAUAGCUCCCUCCAGUGAAGAUUAUGAUUUUGGUGACAUGUUCCCCGUGUUGCAGUCAUUACCAAGUGCAAACUGGGAAGAGGGUGACUUGACCGACCAGACCAGCUGCCCACGGUCGACUGGCUCUGAUCCCCAGACGGUCGUCAGUGACACAGUAGUUGUCACCAGCACAGCAGUGGGGAAAACGGCUGCUCGCCUUUCCCCGAACAGCCCCACAUCUCGACACAACCCGUUCAAUGAGGACUCUGAUACGAAUACCUCAGCGGACGUCACACCAGUUCAUACAGCCAGCCGUCGCAACACCACCGAAGAUGAGACCGAGGUCAACGGCAAUGAGCUUGAAGUCAUCAGGAUGGCUAAACGAAAGAAGCCAGCCAAGAAGCGACGUGGCAGGGGAUCUACAGAUUCCAGCAGCAGCAUCCAUGCCUCGCUCUCCUCUGAACAUGAGGAGAUUGUGAACCACAGCACGUCGCAAGAAGUUGACUCGAUAAACUCCACUGUAGCGCUACUGGACAGUGAAGGAGAGCAGAGCAGGAGCAGAUUGGGUUCUGCGAUUGUAGAGGAAGGGGGCGAAGAAGGGGUGGAAGGCUUGCUUCGGCUCCCAAAGAUGACAGACACCUCCAUGGACACCGUUGGACAACCCCUCCGUGAUGUCAUGGAGCGGCUUAAUGGGUCCUGGGCACCCCCUGAGGAACAGGAGGACAAAAACAAUCAAAGCUGUGAUCAGAGCGCCCUGCCUCCGGUGCAGCAGCCCUUUCGCAACGAUUCCGAAGGAAAACCUCCUGACCCAACUCCACAAGAGUCGUUUGACUCCUCUCUGGCCGACAGACCAGACUGCCUGCAGACCUCUCCUGUGUCUGCGGACCUAUGCUGCAUUACCACCAACAGUACAGACUCUGCUGACACAAGUGGUGGCCACAAUGACUCUACAGAGCAAAGCCAGUCACAGACUCUUUCAGGUAGCCUUGAAGAUGAGGAAGAAGCAGAAGAACCAGCAGGACGGAAGCCUCACAUGAAGGAAGAGGAAGAGACCGUAGAGGGAAAUUCAGCAGGCAGAUCGUCCAAGGAAACGGAGCAGCAGGAGAAACUCAGUCCUUCUGAGAUUUCUCACCCGGCAGAGUUCAAGGUGGACAACAAUCACCUGCUUCUUCUCAUGAUCCAUGUGUUCAGAGAGAACGAGGAGCAACUUUUCAGAAUGUUGAGAAUGAGUACAGGUCACAUGGAGGGAGACCUGCAGCCUCUUUAUCUGCUGCUGACUGACUGUUACAUCUACUUACUAAGAAAGGGAGCAGCUGAAAAACCCUACACAGUAGAAGAUGCUGUUUCUUAUAAUGAGCUCGACUAUCUUUCUGUGGGCCUUGACCAACAGACAAUAACGCUGGUUUGCACUAACAGACGAAGGAAGUUCCUGUUGGAUACAGCUGAUGGCUCGCUGACUGUCUGGUUCCUGUCUGUGCUGAUGUCCGCCAUGGUCCAGGGUUGUCGAGAGCCUCCAUAUCCAGCUGUUCUGACAGAUGCCACCAUGGAAAAACUGGCCUUGAAUAAGUUUGUCUCUCAGGAGUGUCAUUGUGAGGUAUCUGAAGUGUCAAUCCAGCUUUAUUCACUGGUUCACUGGGAGGACCCAAUGGAUAUGACCAUGUCUCCCCAAGGAGGCACACCCACCUCUGGAGUCCCUUCCAGUAUCAAAGAAGGUUCUCUGCAGUACAAGGCUGGGAUUACGUACCUCGGUAAAGAGAUGUGGAAGAGCUGCUACGUCAUUCUCAGCAAAGGGAUUUUGUACUUGUAUGCAGAGAGGACAGAUGUGACCCCUGUGAUGUCUGUCACCAUGGGGGGGCAACACUGUGGUGGGUGCCGUCGCUCCAACAACACAGAGCGCCCCCACGCCUUCCAGGUCAUCUUGACAGAGCGCCCUCCACUGGUACUCAGUGCCGACAAUGAGCAGGAAAUGGCCGAAUGGAUGCAGCUUCUCUGUCAGUCUGUUUCCAAAGGGGUUAUCCCUCAGGGUGUGGCCCCCACCCCGUGUAUCCCAUGUUGCCUGGUGGUGACGGACAAAAGGUUGCUAACUUGUCAUCAGGAUUGUCAGACGAGCUUUUUCCGUUCGCUGGGGAGUGUCGAUAUCUGUGACGUGACCACUGUGAGCUUGGAGUCUGACAAGGAAUACUGUGUUAUUGAGUUUGCAGCAGAUCGACAUCAGUUCCUCCCUCCAUGGGUGUUAUACUUCAGCGGCUGUGAAGAGAGGGAUCGGCUUCUAAAUGCAUUAAACGAGACAUGGAAAGACAUUUUCCAGGUUGACCUCCCCCACCAAGAGCUGUUGGACCCGCUGGUGCAGAAACGCUGCGGUGAGGCCCUGGAGCUGAUGAAGAGUGCCUGGCAGAGGGCAGACAGCCUGGCUCGAGGCAGAGCCCAGCGGGAGCCCUGGUGCUGACACACAAUCAUGAACGACACAGUCCAAUGGAGGGUUACGUGUCAGAAUAUUCAGAAGUAACAUUCGGAGGUCAUUUACUGAAGCCAAGUUUCAGAACUGCUUUCAUCUAAAACAUUUAAUGCUAAAGUUGUGGUGCAUGUGCACAGAUAUUGAUUCCACUGAAAUAGCUACAUUUGGCAGAAACAGUGAAGGUUUAUCGCCAUAAACCUCUGAUGUUUAACUCUGAAGAUUUAGCUACGUCUAAGGCAUGACGAGAAUCAACAGCUAGGAAGUUUUAUUUGAUAUUUCUGCCAACCCGAGUGCUUCAUAUUAUACACAUCUGGGUGGAUUUGCAGUUUUAUCCUGUGCACAAAAAAAUGUUUAGAACACGCACCGCUUGCGUAACGCACACAACUGUGUGAAUUCGUAGGUCUUCUUACUCUGACGCUAAUGCUAACUGUUAAAACGUGUCCUGAAAAAGCCUACCUGAAGAGCAAAUGUAAUGCAAAGGCACAACACUUUACGGUGUCGGUGCACGGUCACUGAUGCUGGUCUGAUAUUCAGAUUAGCUGUGAGCGAGAGUACACACCUUCACAAGGAGGAAUUCUCACGUAAACUUUAGGCGGGACUCUGCGGGAAUGAAGAUCUGAAGCAGAUCUUGAUGUUUUACACACAUCAAGCACUCUGGUAAACACACUCAUGCCUGAAAUUUGUUGUUCUAGAAGUUGAAAUGUUUCCACCUGAAUUUGCCUUUUUUCCAUAGUGUGGAGACAAAUGACAUCUGCACAUUUGCAUUUUUUGUUUUUUUUUGUUUUUUUUUUUGGUGCCAGGUUUAUUUUUUUCCUCUUUCCAGAAGUAUUGGAGGAGGAUGACUCAGAUUAAUUAAAUUGCUAAUUGAUUAGUUUAGUUGGGAUUUUUCUGAUGUUUGCCUUUAUUUAUAAGUGUUGCAGUGUGUUUGAGUCACAUUUUACAGAAUAAUGUGUCAUUUGACCAGACUUCUUCCUUUGAUUUUUGUAUCAAGUGUUUAUAACAUUGCACUUUUAUUUUUAAGUUUAUCAUUAUUCUCACUGCAAUGCAUAAUUUCUAAGGAAAUUCUCACCUUUUUUCUGAUUACAUUCUUUUUUGAUCGCAUACUAAGGCUUGGCAGAACAUAAAAAUUGCAAAAUUUUGAAUCUCAAUACAAUCUCUCCUACACAAUAAAAUAUUGGCUAUCAUUAAAACAUAAAAUAAUGUUUUGCUUGUUUUGACAAUUUUGCCUUUUGUGAUCUGUAAUGGGCAAAUUGACUAAUUUUAACAUUUUAAAAAAAUGCCUUACUGAGUAUAUUUGAGUUCAGAUCAUUGAUAUUUACAUUUUGUUUCAACUGUAUAUCAGAUGUUCACUUCUUCCUACAAAAUCUUACGUAAAACACCCGGAUGUGAAAACUAAGUACUCUAAACAGACUUUGAAGAACUCCCAUCAAAUGUUGCAUUUCAGGCUAAAACAAGCUUUAUCAGAAGUCCUGUUUUUAUAUAACUCUUAACUCUGUGGUUAAAUAUGCACUGCAUUAAAAUGCCUCUUAGCCAUAUACAUACAUGUCUACAUCUUGUACAAUUUACACUGUGUUACUCCUUCCUGUGUUAGCAUUAAUCAGGGCAGUAAACCUUUCUAAGUGCCACUUGGUCUUGCUUUUCUCUCUCUUUUUUUUAUUGGUAACAAAUAAAUCUCAGGUGAAUAAAGGUUCCAAAACCUUAGGAGUCACCCUGUGUGUUUUUGUUUUGCUGCAGUGUCUCUUGAAUCUCGGUGCAGUAUUUUAUAAAUCGGCCUUUUCUUCAAGCUUUGGGACUUUGCAACGCCCACUGCAGCGUUACGAAGUUAUUUUUGCACACAGAAGGGGAGGAACAUUUGGAUAAGGUUUUAUGAAAGGUUUUGCUCUUUGCAAGAAAAACAGAGUCCGAAUUCCUAAAGGAUCCAUUGAUUUGGGAGCGUAAAGUUGCAGAUGUUGGAGACUUGAAAUGCUUCUUCUGUGCUUUGAAUUGUGCCUGUGGAUUGUAUAUGAAGAAAAAGUCGAGGAAGUGUUCUUGAUCGUUUGAAAUUUAGGAAAUUGCUGGUCAAUGAUGGAUAAUACCUUGUAAACGAUGUACUGUCAGAGUUUUUCUGUUUUAUGUUUCUCCUAUUUGUUUACAUGCACAUUGCAUGGAAUAUUUGUAUUAUUCAUUGGAUUUAUCAAAAUGUAAAUAAAGCACUAACAAUAAUAAUACAAGUCUGUUAAGUCCCACUUAAACGUGCAUGUUCUGAAAGUUUUAUAUUGUUCUGCAUCACAGAGAAUGUACAAAAAAAAAAAAAAAGCAACUAAAUAAACUGCAAAGAAAGUCGA